AUGCCUAUCAUUAUGAAUUCAAACCUCCCUCCUGCUGUGCAACAAUUUUUUGACCUACCAUCAGAUUCUGAUCUUGAUGAGUAUCUCGACAAAGACAUAAGUCUCGACCACUGCACAGACAGUAGUCUCUCUGGCAGUCCUCAUCUACAUGAUUCAGAUCUUGUGCUUCUGGACCGUGAAUACUGGAAUCCAUCUCGGCUAUACCUUGUCCGCCGUCGCAUCUUUGGUCAUUCCGAGGAGGUACCUACUCAAAGCAACAAAGAAAUUGAUUGGGUAGAUGACCUCUUCAGCACACCAAAAAAAGCAUCUGGCAAGGCCCCUCCCAGCACUGGCAGCAUCACCGAACCCGAAUCCAACUGUCCAGACAUCCCUCUUACUAUUACGACUAAGGCCCCUCCCAGCGCCAGCAGUGUCACUGAACCCGAAUCUGACUGUCCAAAUACUCCACUUGCUACUACGACUAUAACUUCAAAGGCCCCUCCCAGCACUGGCAGCAUCACCGAACCCGAAUCAGAUGACCAACCGGUGUCUCAUGUCACAGUAGUGGCUAAACCAGAGUCAGAUGGAAGUAUCACGGAGCCAGAAUCUGACGACAUUUCCAGAGUAUUACCUACCUCUAAGUCCGCAGCUCGUCUUGACCAUCACUGUAUAUUUGCGACUCCAAGUCCACCACCUGCGGGUUCGCUAUACUGGAAAUAUUUCACUAAGGAGGAAGAUGCGAAGAUGUAUGACCGCUCUGGGACAGAUAAGAGUUUUCAUGCUGUGCAACAGAUGAAGAAAGAAUUACAGGCACUUAUGGAUGCAUAG